GGCUACGCAUCAGACGGAGAAGCGGUCCUUUCUCCGGGCGGCGAUAGCUGCGAGUUCCCAACUGGGUGUGGCAGACUAGCAAAAGCUUCACCCUGGGGCGGCGGAAGCAGAAGAAGGGCAUUAAAUGCCUGAAAUGUGGCAUCAACAACUCUCAAAAUGUGUCUCACAAUUUUUGCAGCAGCUGUGGAGAGAGAUUGGCUCCUUCUGCCAAUACACAAGGCGCAGAGAAUAGAGAUGCAAGAAGGACUUCAGUGGAGGAGGUGGAAGCUGGGGGGGAAAUGAAGGUAGAGAGCAUCCCUCCCUUGAAACAUGAUGGUGAUGAGCAUUGCCCCAGUGAACUGGUGCAGAAGGAACCUGAAGAUUCUCAAUCUCUACCAGAAAGCUCUUUGACUCAGGGUUUUGUUUUGCCAAAGAAAAAGAAGAAGAAGAAGAAAAAUAAAAAGGAUAGGAAUACUUCAGGAUCUGAGCUUCAGGAUGCUUUUUCUUCAGCACCAUCCAGUCUUGAUUAUUCUUUGAACCCUGAAACGGCAAGUGAAAAUAAUCCAGCACCAUCCAGCCUUGAUUAUUCUUUGAACCCUGAAACGGCAAGUGAAAAUAAUCCGGCAGAACAAAGUCAAGCUGAACUAAGCCACAUGACCAAACCAGACACGGAGUUCUCUGAAGAUGAUCGGCAUCGGAAUAAAAGCUGUAGUCCCUUGGACUCAAAUCAGAGUCCAGAAAAUGACACCGAAAACCAUAGUGAUACUGUUAAUACCAAGCUUCAUUCAGAGCAAGUAGAAGAAAAGGGCAGUAAAAAUGAUGAGACAGCACAACAUGCUGAUGCUAGAGCUACAGGGGAGAAGAUGGAAAACGAGAAGGAAAACUCUAAGAUAAAUGUUGUAGCUGAUAAACAGACAGCACCUAGCGGAGAACGAAACGAAACACAUUCUUCUGUGAUUGAAAAGCCUCUGGAAAAUACAACACCGUCGGCUUUAAUUUGCGACACAAAUCCACACGAUUCCACAGGAGAUGCAAAGAACCUAACAGUAGACCAGCACUUGAAUGUGAAAUCAUCUGAAAAUACAGGUGCAAAUUCCAGUGCAGAAGGUGAAAACCUGAGUAAGGUGCCGUUGCCAGAAUCUGAAAGGAAACAAACUCGUAAAACACAAGUUGAAAAAGAGGCCAAGCAACAGAGUGAUUCAGAUACAAAGAAAAGAAAGCUGGAAGAAAAAGUGACUAAGGAGGAGAACACCCGUGAAAAAGUAGGAACUCAAAUGAAAGGAACAGAGAAGGGAAAAGCUGCUGUAUCAUCAGGUCAGGAGAAGCAACAAUCAAACCAGAACAAUAUGAAGCAGCAGAGGAACAGCCAAUGGAACUUGGAAGAUUGCGUUACUGUAUACUUCCAUGCCAUAGUGUCUAAGGACUUUAAGCUGGACAUUAAGAAUCAUAAAGUGUUUGUUAGGGCAGAAGGCAUUUCUGGAUAUAGAAACUGGAAGGAGAAUGUCUGUGAGCUGACUUGCUCAAAGGAUCUUGGAGAUCAUGGUUAUCUGUUUGAUGGCUGUGUGAGCAUUUCGAAGAAUAACAUGAGUAAACCUAUUCCCUAUAAAUACUUCAUUUCACGCGGCAAAGGAGGAGAGUAUGAAUUUAUUUACAAAGUUUCUGAACAUGGGCAACCUGUAAAUCGUUGUAUGUAUAUACAGUCAGAUGAACUAAGUGGUACAGACUGGCAUCAGUAUGACGAUAUAGUAUGUGUUAAACCGUCUGAUGGUUUCUUGAACCAAAUUAAAGAACAUUUUCGAUGGCUGAGAAAAGAGAGAGAUGUUGAGAAAGGAAAGCAGAUAGCAGCAAAAGUAAUGUUGGAGGGCCUCUUCAGUCUACUCAACACCUGGACUCCUGUCAAUGUCAAGAACUUUCUCCAACAGUUGCGCCAGUUUUAUUUGGUGAAUAGAAAACAAAUGAUACAUGAAAUACAACCAAGAGAAUGGACAGCUUUAGACUUUGGAGAGAAACAGGUGAAACAGUUGAUACUGGAUUUCUUAAGAGAAACAGCCUCUCGUCUUCUUUACCAGAACAGUCCAAUUUCUCGAUCUCAGAACUCAGUCCAAAAUAAACUUGGCCUGGCAUUAAUCAGCCUUCUGUUAGGAGAAAUCUACCAUCUUGAAAAAUCAAAGGAUGACCUGGCAAAAAUAUGCAGCCUUCUUUGUUUGGAGAAGCCACAAGCAGAUGUAGUGAAUGAAAUCAAAGCUGCGUUUUCAGAAUUUCCCCGUAUUGAGCAUUGUUUGACUGCCUUGUACAACAGCUGCAUUGAAGAUGAACUCCACAAGUGGCUGUGGACAAUCCCAGUUCGUCAUCUCCUCAGUUCUUCUAUUGACUUUGGAUGUGUUCCUGUGAAUUCUCUAUUUGAAUCUGAAGAGAGGUGGGCAGGGUUAGAAGGCCUCAUGUUUGUUGAAUAUAGGGAUAAACAGAAGUAUUCCAAGUAUUCCAAGGUCUUACUGUGGCUGAUGAAAGAGAAGAAGCAUUUGGUGGAAGGAGACAGAGCACUGUUCAGGUCAUGGUUCUCCUUGUUGCCUCUGCGGGACUUGGGAGAAUUUAUGACAGACUUCUCUGCUCAUCCCUUGGACUGUCUUCUGGGGACUUUUCAUAGACUGAAGAAUGUUGAUGUCACAUACAACAACGAGGUCAUAGAAAAAAUUCUAGAGAAGGUGUUGGACAUCCUUUGGAAGGAACAAAACAGGAUACCUCAUCAAGAUGAGUGGAAGUCCUCUGUGACAGUCUGCAUCAGACUGCAUCAGAUGAUAUGUAGUAAGAGCAAAAUGGUUGAGAGUUAUAAGAUGCCAGCUACAGCUACUGAGAUUGUUUCAAGGAUUCUUGGACUUUCACCUUGGGAGAUUUCCAAAGAGAGUGAGAUUCCGAAUUCUCCAAUGACAAGAAUAUUCGAAAAGCUUUGUGAAAACACCAAAAUGUGGUUUGCUAGCAUUCUUCCAAAACAGCUGCUGAGAGAAAGUUCAUUUACUUAUCUAAAGGAACUAAUGGCUUGGGAUUGUUUCUUGAAAAUAAAAUUUCCUGAUGAGAAUUUCACAAAGCAGUGGCAAUCAACUUUAAUUUCUGAUAUGAAAAGCAGAAUCAAAAAGGAGCGUGAAGUUCAACAGAUAAAAGUCUACUGCGACCGCCAGACAACACUUGAGGGACUUCACCCUCUGAUUGGAAAUACCUUUGAAAACUGUGCUAUUGAAGCAAUUAAUUUAGCAUAUAAGACUCAUAAGAAUCUCCUUGACAUGAUGUCCUCCUACAACCUGAGCAAGCUGGGCACUCUUAUAUCUGCUGUCAUUGUAAAAUCAUGGCCAACUGGCAGGACUGGUGAGCCUAUAAGUGACUUGGAAGGAGCUCUGAAUCAUAUCCUCGUUUGGCCAGACAUCAAACAUCUUUUCAUCUUCAAUGGAGCAGGUGGGGACUUUCUGGCUCAACUUACUGAUGACGCAAAGGAGUGCAUGACCACUGCUGACUCGAUAUAUACAAAUGUUACCUAUGAACUUGGUUCAGGCCGUAUCCUAGUUAAACAUUGUGAACUAAUUUCUAAGCACAAAAAACAAUUUCUGUCCAUAUGGGAACUAAAAAACAAGCAUCUUUCAUCUAUGGAGAAAACAGAACAAAAGCAGACAUUAGAAAAAGUGCUUACCUUGAGGUUUCAGGAAGUAUUGUCAGUCAAGAGGGAGCAAAAAAAUUUGGGAUCCUUCUUGGACAUGUGUCGGAAGGUGCAAGAUUUUGUAAAAGUGGAUAUUUCUGAAAUUGAACAGAAGCACAGUGAAAAUCUGAACUCGAAAGCGUUGAAUGAGAUUGUGACUGUGAGAAAUCCAGUUGACCAGAAUGAUGAUAAAAUAGAGACCUGGUAUAACCUGAGUCCAGCCCUAAAAAGGACAUCCGGAAUGGUGCAUGAUUUAAAAGAAAGCCAUGUCUUCCAGCAUUGCUGGGAGUGGGCAGCCAAAAACCUGCAGGACAGCCACGAAGAUUUAAUUGAAGAAGAGGAUGUUGCUGCUUUGAAUAUCGAGGAUGUGCUCGAAUGCAUAUAUGAGCCUUGUUACAGGGAAUUCUGCAGACUCUAUAGUAGCCUGAAAUCUGGAGAGCUCACAUUUGCUGAAGUGGACAGUCUCUUUAGAGACUUUACUAACAAUUAUGAGGAGCUAAAAAAGGAUUUUCAGAUUAUGUCCAGUCAGGACAGGCAAGAUGGUGGUGAAUGGAUAAAUGAACGGGUUCAGCAAAUCCAACAGUACCACGAAUUGCAUUUAGCUGUGGAUUCUGCUAAGGUUAUUGACAAGGUCAAGGAAGGUUUAAGCCUAUCUGGUGAUUUCACAGUCUUGCGACUUCUUCUGAACUUCAGAGAUGAAUUCCAGUCCUUUCAGCAAGAAAAACUAUCCUGCAUGAGUCCCAAAUUAAUGCAUACUAAGAAACUCCUACAAAGCAUCACUGAGCCACGUCGUAAGUGCCUUGAGGAGCUUACGCUCAGAAGGGAGUUUAUCAACUGGGUCAAAGAGGCUCUGAAAGAUAUAACUGAGCUGAAGGUGUUUGUGGACCUUGCCUCUAUUUCUGCUGGAGAGAAUGACAUGGAUGUAGAUCGUGUUGCCUGUUUCCAUGAUGCUCUGCUGGGCUACUCUUCUCUUCUGUAUGAAUUGAAGCAGGAAUCUGGAUUUGAUGAGUUCAUGAGGUGUUUGGAGAAAUUGUGGAAAGCUCUGGACAGUGACUGCAGCCUUCCUCAAAAAUUGCGUGAUUCUGCCCGGCAUUUGGAAUGGCUAAAAACCAUAAAGGAGAGCCAUGGCUCUGUGGAACUAUCAUCUAUAUCACUGGCGACUACAAUCAAUAACAAAGGAAUCUACAUAAUUCGUGCACCAGCAGAAGGCCAGAAGAUUUCUCUGGAGACAGUCUUGUCCCUGACCAUCUCGGAAAGCCAUGGCGACCAAGAAGAACUGCGGCAUUACUCACUAGAGGAGCUGAAAGAAUUGAUGAACAAGCUGAUGCUGAUGUCCGGAAAAGUAGAACAAGGUGCAGAAGUAGAGAAGUUUUCUGAGGUAUUUUCUGGUGUCCAGAGACUCGCGCUUUCCUUCAUUCAACUUUAUACUGCUGGCAACAUGCUCUUCCGAUCUUGGAUUACUAAUAUAUACUGCUCGUCCAACAGCAGCUUCUGUAUUGGCAUGGACUUCAAAUUGAAUAUGGUGCCAGACUUUUUUGGAAGUGGAGAAGUAAUGGAAGUUCUCCCUGCCUUAUGCAGAAAGAUGGAGAGUUUCCUGGAGAGGUGGGACUGUUUCAUGUCUGAAAAGCGAUCGCAGUAUUUCUACUUAAAUUAUUACACGGCUGAGCAGCUUGUUUACUUGUGCAGAGAGCUUGGCUCCGAAUGCCCCAGUGAAGCUGCUUUACUGAUGCUGUCAUUCAUAAAGCACAACUGCCAUAAACGGGAUGUCCAAGAGGUCUCCAAACAUGUGAUGUCCAGAAAGGCAGAGAGGAGUCUUGAUGAUCUGUUGGAGCUGGAGGCAAUGGAGAAAGAGUUGACUGAAGAACUGGAGCAUGUCUGGGACUCUUACAUGAAGAGCAUGGGUUCUUUCCUUCCAGGCUAUUUGGACAUUGAUACGCUUGGCAAGUACCUGGACCUUCUGGCAGGCAUGGAGAACAGGAGAGUGGCCCGAACACUCCCACAAGGCCUUCAUAGUGGCAGGCCCAAUCUCAUCCUCUGUCCUCGCUCCGAAGUGUUGGCUUCAGCCCUGGCCAUCUACAUGAACAGUCCGGAGGAGAUGCUGCCAUCCUACGAUGAGGUCCUGCUCUGUACCCCACAGACCAGCUUUGAGCAAGCGGCUUUGUUUUUGAGGAGAUGCCUCACUCCAGGCUGCAGAGAGAAAAAGAUUUAUACAUUGCUCUUUGCAGAUGAGCUGAGCUAUGAUGUUGGCUGCAGAGCUGAGGAACUGUUCCGAAGCCUUCACUUGAAACACCAGGAUGAUUAUCACCUAGUGAUCCUGUGCAACUGUGAGAGGGAGCACUGCUAUGUUCCUGCUGUCUUCAGUCAGUUCAACAUUCAUAUGAUCCCUCAGCAGCCCUUGAAGGCCAUUCAGAGAUACCUUGAGAAUCAUUACAAAGCCGCGGAGUUCGCACAUUCAUCAGCUUCUGUCUUCAAGGACCAAAUGUGUGUGGGGAUUGUAUCUUCCAGAAGAGCUGGAGUGGGGAAAUCCCUCUAUAUAGAGAGACUGCAUGAGAAACUGAAGGCAAAACUUCACAAUGAUAAAGUGCCACUAAAAACUAUUCGGUUGAUAGACCCCCAUGUUGAUGAAGGCAAAGUGUUGAAGUCUCUUCUCCCGUUCCUGAACCGUCAGCACCAAAACCAGCCCAUGAUAUUUCAUUUUGACAUCACUUCUUCAGUCCAGUCUGGAAUUCAAGAAUUUCUGUUCAAGCUUUUAGUUUUACAUUAUCUGGGAGAUAGAGAUGGGAGACUCUGGCGGAGGAAGCAAUGCCAUUUGUAUGUUGUAGAAAUUCUUGAAGCGUCUCUAUCACCAGAACAACCAGCAAGAUCUGUGUCUCCUGGAUUAAAAUACAACUUCCUUGAUGUGUUCCCCAAAAUAAUGUGCAGGCCUCCCAAGGAAGUACUAGAAAUGGAUGUCCAGAGGAAUGCACCCUAUGGCUACUCAGACCCAGGAAUGGAUGAUACGGUUUUUCGUAGCGAGGCCUUUCAGAGACCAUUCCAGUACUUAAUAAGAUCCCAGAGACGUGAUAAUCUUGAUAAGUUCCAGUAUGAAGGCCAUGUUGAAGGGACUGCAGUAGAAUGCCUGCAGUUACUGCUGAUGCAUUGUGGAGUAAUAGAUCCCUCUUGGUCAGAACUGAGAAACUUUGCUUGGUUUCUAAACAUUCAGCUUAAAAAUUGCGAGACAUCUGUCUUUUGUAACCCUUCUUUUGUUGAAGAUACUUUGCAAGGCUUCAAAAAUUUUGUGGUCACCUUCAUGAUUUUGAUGGCUAGAGAUUUUGCAACACCGUCACUUAAUGUUGCUGAUGAAAGCCCUGGAAGACAGUUCUUUGACAUGGAAGGAGUCACUGAAGAAGAUCUUGCUCCAUUCCGCAUUCGGAAAAAAUGGGAAUCUGAACCUCACCCUUAUAUUUUCUUCAAUCAUGAUGGUAUAUCCAUGACAUUUAUUGGGUUUCAUCUCCAGGCCAAUGCAAACGGUGGGAUUGAUGCUAUUAAUCCCUUGAAUGGCAGUGUCAUCCAAAGGAAUGUUAUGUCUGCUCAGCUGUAUCAAGGAUUGGUGCUUCAGAGAGUACCCUUCAAUGUUAAUUUUGAUGAACUGCCCAGGGAUGAGAAAAUUGCAAAACUUUCCAUGGUUUUAGGAAUUGAGUGGCCAAUUGACCCUGAUGAAACUUACGAGCUUACAACAGACAAUAUUCUAAAGAUCCUGGCUAUUGAGAUGCGAUUCAGAUGUGGGAUUCCUGUUGUAAUCAUGGGAGAAACUGGCUGUGGAAAAACCAGGCUUAUAAAAUUCUUGUGUGAGCUGCGUAGAUGCGGUGCUAAUACUGAGAACAUGACUCUCGUCAAAGUCCACGGGGGCACUACUGCAGACGCAAUCUAUAACAAAGUCAGGGAAGCAGAACUCCAUGCGAUUGUAAAUAAGCAGCUUUGCCAGUUUGACACGAUCUUAUUUUUUGAUGAAGCCAACACAACUGAAGCUGUCAGCAGCAUCAAGGAAGUCCUGUGUGACCGCACAGUAGAGGGACAGCCUUUGACCCACAAUUCAGGCUUGCAGAUCAUAGCCGCCUGCAAUCCUUAUCGUAAGCACACUGGAAAAAUGAUUCAGCGCCUGGAAUCGGCUGGCUUAGGCUAUCGCGUUAAAGCUGAGGACACUAAGGAAAAACUUGGCUCUAUUCCUCUUAGACAGCUUGUAUACCGAGUCCAUGCGCUCCCUCCUAGCAUGAUACCUCUUGUGUGGGAUUUUGGGCAACUGAAUAACAUUACUGAAAAGUUAUAUAUACAACAGAUUAUACAAAGACUUACUCGCUCAAUACAGAUGUCUAGAGCAGACAUCAAAAUGGUAACAGAAGUGCUUUUUAACUCUCAGAUUUAUAUGAGAAACCGGAGUGACGAAUGUAGUUUUAUCAGCCUCAGAGAUGUGGAGCGCUGUGUGGAAGUCUUCAGGUGGUUCUACAGUCACAGUGAGCUGAUAGUCAAACACCUGACAAAGUACCUUGCAGGAUGGAAAACCGAUAAAAAGUACAUCAAGCAAAACACAGUUAUUUGGUCUUUGGUACUUGCAGUCGGUGUUUGUUACCACGCCUCCCUAGAAAAGAAAGAGGAAUACCGAAGAGUCAUCAGCAAAGUCCUUCCAGAGCCAUAUGACAAUGAAAAGGGAAUUCUUGAAGAAAUCAGCUUAAUUCAGGAUCUGUUCUUGAGUGGUGCACCUCUGGGGGAAACAAUAGCAAGGAAUUUGGCACUGAAGGAAAACGUGUUCAUGAUGGUCAUCUGCAUUGAGCUUAAAAUCCCUUUGUUUCUUAUUGGAAAACCUGGCAGUUCCAAAUCUCUUGCCAAAACUAUUGUGGCUGAUGCCAUGCAAGGCCAAGCAGCAUAUUCUGAGCUUUAUAAGGAGCUGAAACAGAUCCAUUUGGUGUCCUUUCAGUGCAGUCCUCACUCUACUCCAGAGGGAAUCAUAAAUACUUUUAAGCAUUGUGCUCGUUUCCAAGAAGGGAAGAACCUGAAGGAGUAUGUCUCUGUGGUAGUCUUGGAUGAAAUUGGCUUGGCUGAAGACUCCCCCAAAAUGCCUCUGAAGACCCUUCACCCCCUCUUGGAAGACGGGUGUGUUGAUGAUGAUCCACACCCUCAUAAAAAAGUUGGCUUUAUUGGGAUAUCUAACUGGGCUCUGGAUCCUGCCAAAAUGAAUCGGGGUAUCUUCGUGUCCCGCGGAGACCCAAACAGAAAGGAGCUUAUAGAAAGCGCAAAGGGUAUUUGCUCUUCAGAACGUGUCACUCUGCAGAAAAUUGAACGGUUCUUUCCCAUCUUUGCAAACGCAUAUGAAGAAAUUUGCAAGAUCCAAAGUAAGGAGUUUUUUGGGUUGCGUGACUAUUACAGCCUCAUCAAAAUGGUUUUUGCUUUGUCAAAAUCAUCUAAGAGAGAGCCAUCUCCCCGUGACAUAGCAGAGGCUGUUCUCCGCAAUUUCAGUGGCAAAGAAGAUGUUAAGGCCUUGGACAUUUUUAUGUCUAAGAUCCCAGAGAAAGGAGACAUCGUUUCUGAGAACAUCAACACGAUUGACCUAGUCAAACAAAACAUUUACAGCGACUGUCAGGAUGGUGAAUGCCGAUACUUGCUAGUGUUAACAGAGAACUAUGCAGCACUGCAGAUUCUCCAGCAAGCUUCUUUCAAAGUUGAACGGCAGCCAGAAAUUAUAUUUGGUUCCAGCUUUCCAAAAGACCAGGAAUACACUCAGAUCUGCAAAAACAUUAACCGAGUGAAGAUCUGCAUGGAGACUGGACAGAUGGUGGUCCUUCUUAAUCUGCAGAAUCUCUAUGAAAGCCUCUAUGAUGCCCUCAACCAGUAUUACGUUCAACUUGCAGGUCAAAAAUAUGUUGACUUGGGUUUGGGAACCCAUCGAGUGAAGUGCCGAGUGCAUCCUAAGUUCCGUUUGAUAGUCAUUGAGGAGAAAGAAGUGGUCUAUAAACACUUUCCCAUUCCAUUAAUCAAUAGACUGGAAAAACACUAUCUGGAUAUCAAUACUGUGUUGAACCAAUUUCAGAGGGAUAUUGUGGAAGCACUGGAAAAAUGGGUGAACGACUUCAUAGCAGUUGAUACAGAAAAGCAUUUUAUGGGUAAGCAAAAAUACAGGCCUUCCGAUGCCUUUGUUGGGUAUCAUCCUGACACCUGUGCUUCAGUUGUCCUGCAAGUGACGGAGAAGCUGAAAGAGGACUGUGCUCUUGAAGAAAUGAUGGAGGAAAUAAAAAACCAGGCCAUGCUGGUCCUUCUGAACUGUGCAACACCAGAUUCUGUGGUUCGUCUUGGUGAUUCACAGCUGGGAACCUUUCAGGCAGAUCAUCUGGCUAGAAUCUACUUUCGGAAGCAGCAUCACAUUUCUCUAGCAGAUUUCCUCCAUGCUUGCCUUUGCACCGAAGCCAGGGGUGCCACAGUAUUUACAGAGAUCACUACUUUCUCCAGGCUCCUGACAACAGCAGACAUGGAAACUUUGGAGGCAGAAGUACAGCGCAAUAUCGAGAGCAUCAAAGUUUUGUCCUUGCAGCAGUUUGACACAGAACAUUCAUUUUUGAAAGAAAUUAGGAAUUUCCUUGAUGCUACACCUGGAAAUAAAAUCUUGAUUAUUCAGACAGACUUUGAAAAUGGAUCUCUCAGCGCUCAACUUGUUGCCUCCGCUAAGUACUCAGCUGUUAAUGAAAUCCACAAAACUGGCUUGAAUAAGGCCUCGGUUUUUGUGUUCUUCAUCACUAAGCUAUCACGGUUUGAAGGAGGAAGUUCGUAUGUGGGAUUUCAUGGAGGGCUGUGGCAGUCUGUUCACAUUGAUGAUCUGAGAAGAUCCAAGGAUAUGGUCUCUGAUGUAACUGCCUUGAGAAAUGUCACCAUCAGCCAGCUGUUUUCGGAUGACAUACGAGAGCCUGCAGGAAUUCCUGAAAUUGUGAUGGCGGAGAGAGAAGAUGAAGAUGACAUGGAGGUGGAAGUGUCGGCAGCGCCUGAGCAAGAAAAAAAGGUGACCCAAGUCGUAGACACUACCAUCCUUCUGAGGACCUGUGUGCAAAGCGCUGUAGGAAUGCUAAGGGACCAAAAUGAAGGUGCUAACCGCAGCACUAGAAGAAUUGAAAUCCUCCUUAGUCUCCUGUGUGAGGCAGAUCCUUUGAAAGCUGCCUUCUUGAAGAUAACGAAGAAUCGUCUCUUAAGCCUUUUGAAGGAGCAAGAGGAAAAUGCUUGCACCAUGAAAGAGUGGGUCCUGCGGGAGGCAUCAAACCUCAAUGCCCUCCAGGAAGCAGGAACUUUCAGGCACACCCUGUGGAAGCGAGUCCAGAACGUAGUGACACCAUUUCUGGCCUAUAUGGUAUCUGUCAUAGACAGAGAUGCUAACCUGGAAUUAUUGGACAAACCAGCAAUAGAAAAUUGUGUGAAGGAUGUGUGGAUGUUCAUCUUCAAUGAUCUGAAGCUUCUGAACAUCCCUUAUGUUAUUGGUCAAGGCAGCUCCCAGACUGAAACAAUUCUGGUACAGAGUUACUUUCAGGGAACCACGUCUACUGUCAACGAAAUGCCCUUCAGCUGGAGGAUAAAAGAUUAUUUAGAAGACCUUUGGUCUCAAGCUCGGCACAUCACUGUUGAUAAAGGCCACAAAGAAAAAUUUAUUGACAUCUUUCAGAAGACGCCACUUGGGGAAUAUCUUACUAGGCUUUCUGCAAAAGAGAGGGACACCCUUUUCCACUGUUACCUCAGAGACUUUAUCCUCUUGACAAUAGGUGUAUCUUACCAAACAGAAUUAAAGUUUCUUCAAAUGGCUCUCUUAUCAUGCAUUGAAGAAACGAAGGCAGCCUCUUCCAGCGCAGAACAGAAUGUGCUGCCCCUCCCGUGGAUCCACAUCGGUUACUAUCAGUUUAAGAGUCGACUGCACAACUUCUCUAGGAUUCUUGCUGUGUACCCUGAUGUCGUCAAUGCUCUAAGUGUCCAUGCAAGGCGAGGAGGCUACAUCUCACAUCAACAAAUGGUACUGGAUGUGCUAGCUGCCGUGGCCUGCACUGAAAUGUUGGAAGGAAAACUGUUGAAAUGCAAGCCACAGAUAUGGCUGCAGAAGGUGAAGACUCUUCAAAUGCCAAUUGAAUUUGUGUGCACAGCAAACGACUUAAAAAGCAAUGUUGGCCCAUGUGACCCAUUGCUCCAGCAAGCCAGGAGCCAGUGGAAUCGGGUUUUCUCAUUGUCCCUCUUUGUAGAACAUGUGCUACUUGGAGUAGAAACAGUGAUUCCAGAGAUGCAGGAUCUGGUAAAGAAGUACACCUUACUUCUUGGCAAAUGUUUUCAGGGAGAGUCUGACAUUAAAAUGCAUAAAACAUUCACUGCAGUGAUGAAAAUGCUAUGCCAGUGCAAGGAGGAUGUCAGUUUAGCAUGUUGCAGGUAUGGUUUGAAGCCAUGUCCAAUUUGCUUGGGAGAUCCUACGGAUCCAGUCAUCCUUCCUUGCGAUCAUGUGUUUUGUCAGAGUUGCAUCCAACGGUGGCUACCAAUAGAGAUGGUCUGUCCAUUCUGCCUAGUUAGCCUGCCAAACGACUCUGUAUUGAUUGUAUCCGAAGAGCUCAGAGCUGUCAUCAAAAAAUACUCUGAAUUUCGCAAGCUUUGCAACAGUUUUUUUAUUGAUCUGGUUUCCACGAUGUGUUUCAAAGACAACGAGCCUCCUGAAAAAGCUGUGAUUCAUGAGCUGCUGAACCUGCUGUUUGCUCAUAAGGAGAUCUUGAGAGGAGACCAGAAUGGAAAGCCAAGUCUGUAUACGAAAACUCUGUCCCCUUUUGAUGAUGUAGUAGAUAAAACGCCUGUAAUCCGUUCUGUGGUGCUAAAGCUGCUUCUGAAAUACAGUUUCAAUGAUGUGAAAGACUACAUGCAAAAAUAUUUAUCAGAAGUAGAAAACUGGAUCCUAGGGGGAGAUGAUAAAACAGAACUUUAUACACUAUUUGUGAACUGCUUUGAGGAUUCUAUGUGUGAGAAAUCAGGAACGUCCUCUGAGGAAAUCAAGACAACCUUUUUGAGGGAAGAUGGCCGCUUCCUGGCAAACUAUUUCCACCAGAGCAGUCAGGACACCCCUCAAAAGGCUUCUGUUGAGUAUUUGCAGGGAGUGGCUCGCAUCCGGAUGUGCUUGGAUAGGGCCGCAGAACUGCUGUAUGAACUCCAUGAAACAGCAAAUAGCUGUAAAGAACAUGAGAAGAAACUCCACCUGGAUAGAGUGAUGCGGUUUUGCAGUCAUAAUGACUGGUAUAAAAUUUACCUUGUCCGAAAGAUUACUAACCAGCAUGGCUUGGAAUUCACGCAGAGACUUUCCAACGAACAUCAGUGCCGCUGGAUAUUUCCAGUGGAAAUAAUUCAACAACAACUGAGGCAUCAGCCUGGUCAGAUUGAUCGGUUCCUGGUAUGUGGCAAAAAUUACAAAAUGAUGCGGGAUGCUGUGGGGAAAGCCGUAAUAGACGGCCAGACGGAGGGCAUUGCAGCAGCCUUGAAGGCACACAAUGGUCCUAGGUCUGCACAGCCUAUUCACUUCCUCUUGGCUGUUUUCAGAGAGUUCACAUCUCAGUACGGAAGUGGAGAACCAAGCCAUCACCCUACUCAGAAGCAAUGUCUAGCUCUUACAGAAUUCAUGCAGAAUUCCAAAGUUCUUCCUUCUCCAGAACUUGAAACGUUUGCAGAGUCUCUUGUGGCUAACAGUCUGCCAUCACUGACAGUGAAUCCAUCCAAUUUUAGCCACAAGAAGGCAGUAAUUGAAAUGGUUGUUCAUACUGGAGCUAUUUUGCUGUCUGUCCAGAAUCGAGUCCUUGAGCCUCUGAGAAAUCUGGCAUUUUCUCCCAGCACUAUGCAGAAUGCUUUUCUGCCAACAAUGCCAGAAGACUUGCUGGCUCAGGCUGUGAACUGGCAAGCAACGGCAGGGCUUCACUGGUAUACUUGUCCAAAUGGUCACCCCUGCACUAUUGGAGAGUGUGGUCGCCCCAUGGAACGUGGACUGUGUGUUGAUUGUGGUGUUCAAAUAGGAGGCCAAAACCACAUGACAUUUCCAGGCUUCCAUCAAACUCGAAUUACAGCAGACAGAACACAAACUGGCCAUGUGCUCGGAAACCCUGGCAACAGAGAAGCCGUGGUAGCAUCUGAGAGGGAGAUGUCUCCAGCUGUCUUGAUUCUGAUUCGGUUGCUCACUCACUUGGCCUUACUUCUGGGUGCCACUAAAGAUCACCAGUCCCUACUGCAGAUCAUAAAGCCACAAGUUCAAGAUGCAGUGAGUUUUCUCCUGCAGCAUAUUUAUAAGGAUUUGGAGCAAUUGAUGAAUACUCUUGGGAAGAGCAUUGAUGAAACAACUAAUAUCGUCCAUCUCGUUCUGUGUAGCUUUUGCAUGGAAACCCAUCAGAACCCAGACCAGUGGUCAGCACACUUCAGUGGUCAACUUUCUGAGAAACAGCAUAGAAACAAUUGGGAAAGAGUUGCAAAGUCCAUUGUUGUUCGUGAACUACAGCAUCUGGAUAAAACACUUCUGGAACUGAACCAGCAGAUCAGCGAGGAUGAGAGAAUUUCUUCCAAUCCUGUAGUUAAAAUUAUAUAUGGAGACCCUGCAAACUUCCUAUCCAGACUGCCCAAGAACAGCACCGUCCAUUGUUCUAAAAUGUGGAGCUGCAGGAAGAGGAUCUCGGUCGAAUACCUCGGGCAUGUUGUCCAGCAGAAAGGUGGCAAGGAUACCGUGCCCAUCUUGUGGAAAUUUCUGCAGAAGGAAGCUGAAUUGAGGCUGGUGAAGUUCUUGCCAGAGAUUUUGGCUCUGCAGAAAGACCUGGUGAAGAGGUUCCAGAACGUUGUUGAGUUGGAAUUCCAUACAAUUGGUGACUUCCUCAGCAGUUUACAUUCAGAAGUCAUAAAACGUACUAUGGAAAAACGAGUUAGAACAUUUCUGUCUGUUUGGAACAAGCUCAGAAGAUCCUUGGAAACAAAUGGUGAAAUUAAGCUCCCAAAUGGCUAUUGCGAUGUUGACCUCACUCUGCAGAGUCCGUUUGAGAUCCUCUUGCCUCGCAGGCGAGGUCUGGGCCUGUGUUCCACAGCCUUAGCUAGCUAUCUCAUUGCUUUGCACAAUGACUUUGUCUAUACCACAGAAAAAUCUACAAGGGAUGCCAAGAGCUACUCUGUCAGCCCGGCAGAAGUGACCGAUUUGCACGUGAUCACGUAUGAGUUGGAGAAGGACUUAAUGCCUGUGAUUCUGUCCAAUUGCCAGUACAGCAUUGAGAAAGGAGGGGAGGCCCUCCAGGAAUUUGACCUGGAAAAAAUCCAGCAGCAGGUCAUGAGCAGAUUCCUACAGGGGAAACCCUUAAUUGUACUGACGGGCAUACCCACUCUGGUGUACAGGCAUGACCGAAACUAUGAGCAUUUGUUCCGUGAUAUCAAGAACAAGUUGGAGCAGAGCGCCCUUCCAAAUUCCACAAUUAGCAUGAUCAGUGGGGAGCUGCAGUCCUUCAGUGACGUCUGCGAGGCUUUGUCUGUCACUGAAAUAACCUUAGGAUUCCUGGCUACGGCUGGAGGAGAAGCAGAGAUGACGCUGACUGAUUACGUGGAAAGAACCCUGCAAAUGGGCACUCAGACGAACGCCCACAUACUGAAGACACUGAGUCGAUGUCGCCUGAAGAACACAAUUUCCCUGUGGCAGAUGCUCUCCAGCCAUAAAUCUGAACAGCUGUUGCAACUGAAAAGGGAUCCCUUUGCAGAGGUUGGUGAUCCUUAUAAAGCUGAGCUUAGUGCAGAGAAUACCAAACUCCUCAAUGCCUUCUUUAUCCAGGCUGGGGUAGAGACCUUUCUCCAGGAGUUACAUGAAAUGAUAACCCUGAAAGUGAAAUAUGCCAAUGCUGAGGAUAAAUUCAGCCCUGACUGGAGCCUGAAGGACACCCUUAUUCCAUAUCUUGAAAGUAAAGCGAUUGAGGUGCCCGUGGAAUUAGAGAAUAUGUUCCCAGAAGACAUUCAGCUUUCCCAGUGUAUCGCUGUCUGGAAGGCGGCUGCAACUCUCAAGCGAGAUCGAAGACUCAGUUAAUGAAGCACAUCAGUUGGCAGAGUGUCACUGUCUUCCCUCUUCCCACUCGACUCCUUUUUGUUAACCAAUGAAGGAUAAGUAGCAACACUGGAUGUAACAGUAUUGCUUUUGUUGUACUGAGCAAAGUAAAUUGGGGGGCCAAAAGUCUUCCACAGCUCAGGAACAACCUGAAUCCUUGCACUGUGUCUUGAAUAAACUGAUUGCACAAAUACACAGGAUUUUCUGCUGUACAAGCUAAAAUGUCUACCCCCUCUGUGCUGUUUUCAAAAAAUCCAUCUUAGAGAUGCAAACUGCAUUCACAGGAGGAGCUGAAGGAGACAAAGAUCUUUUUUUUAAUGACUUGCUCUAGAGUCCUAGCCAGAGAUCUUGGGGCACAUAUUCCGGGAAGACCCCCUGGGAUGCUGCUAUAAACCUGAAGUUAUGUACUACCUCAUAAGAGGUGGAGAAUUCUUUGCUUCUCUUUCAAGUUUUAUAUACUCCCUUUCUAAUAAGUGCUACCGUAGCUGCCUUCCUCUCUGAUCAGGGACAUACUUCCUUAUCCAUUUUAUUUUGCCAUGCCAUUCCCCACGUCGUCAAACUGCCUGUUUCUCUUUGCACCAGGGCACUAGAAUUGAGGGAUUUCAAACCUCACAUUCAGAGAAGUUAUUCAGGUAGCUGCCUUAAACUCCAUACUCUCAGAAAUCCUGUAUUGCAACUUGACACUACUGCCUAUGCAAAUACUCCCCCUGCCCUUUUAAUAAAGCGAUAAACCAAGGCUGCCUUUAGCCUGCGUCUCUCUUGUUAUGAAUUGGCUUACUUGCCUGUCAAGGCAACCUUCUUCACGCCUUUAAUCAUCUUAAUAGGAGGCUGGAUCCCUCUAUGUACAAACUUAUUUUCCUUGAUUUGACCUUUUAUACCCUAUGAUAUUUUGUAUUUGAUAUUCCUGUUGACACACUGCCACUGUUAAAAUGUAUAACUAAGAUCAUGAUUUCUCACAAAUCCCUCUCGGGCUGAAAAGCUGAGUUUCAUAACUGAAAGACUCUUUCACGCACAUUUCUUUGAUCAAGUUGAAGAAGGAAAAAGUAAAACGUGCUAAUAGUGCCGUCCUUAGCAGAGUUGCGUCCUUGUAACACCAUUGACUUCACUGGGCUUACAAGGGUAGGACUCUGCUUAUGAAGCCAUUGUAAAUCUACCGAGCAGAGAAUAUCCCUCCCCCACAAUCACAGUCUUUUAUGUACAGCCAUUGAGUUGGCUUGUCAACCAAAUACAACAAGGUCAGUUAACUUUGGAUCAUGAUUCUUGAAACAACAUAAAUAGAUUCCAUGAAAUUGAGACUCUUCCGUUUUCCCUUGAAGCCAUCCAUGUCACCUGGGUAAACUGACACACCAUUAACAAUCUGAUGGAACUUGAUUUUUGUUGUUUUGAGAAUAAAUGUACAUUGACAUUUAAAAAAAAGAAAAACCUUUGCCAAAACAAACUAGGUGCCACGCCUCUCUUAGGGUGAAGACAAGUAGAAGUCACUGCUACUGGUGACUCUCCACAGCCCUGCUUUACUCCUAUUCCUCCAGAACAGCUUUCUGGAUGCACUUUCUGCAGUUAAUUGUGCUGUUUUCUUUUUAAAGGGCUAAGUAUACAUUACUUUCCUCCAGAAGUUUCGUUCACAGAAAUCCUGGGUGCCAGUGCUACUGGCAACAAGCACAGUUUUUCUAAGCCUGACCUGUCCUAGCUGAGAAUCCACAGCAGAUUUCGAACACAGCUCCAGAAACAGUCAUACAUCUUUGGGUCCUGUCAGCAGUUACCUUGAUAUUCUCACGGGUAGGAAUUUGUGACUCUGGUGCCGUGUCGCCUACUUUGCUCUUUCUGAGAACGUGUACUGGAAUGUGUGUUCAUGCACAGAAUGAAUGAGCCGCAUUCCUGCUCUUUGGGUCUGGGCAUGCAGAGGUUGCUGUCAGGAAUGUGAUGUCACUAGCACGAGCGUUGCAGCCAGCUGUUUGACGGGGGCAGUAAAUGGCGGAAUGGGCAACCAAUAUGCUGAUGGAUUUGAGACAAUGUUCAGUCUUAAAUUUUUUUUUCUGAUUUUGCUCUUUUUUUGUAAUAAAUAGUUUUUGU